UGUGAUGGUUUGUUUGACCAGUUUAUAAAGGAAUGCGUUCCUAGUAAGCGUUUGAAGCACUGUGUGUGUAUGUGUGUAUGCACUCCCAUUUUUAGUCAAGGCCAGACGGAAGGGCAGGCUAAUGCUUUAGCAAAUUUAGAACGACUGGCAGACUGUUGGGCUGUCCGGUGAAGAAAUUCCGCCAUGCGUGAAUACAAGCUCGUAGUGCUCGGCUCGGGAGGCGUGGGCAAGUCAGCCCUGACAGUUCAGUUCGUCCAGGGAAUCUUCGUGGAAAAAUACGACCCCACAAUAGAGGAUUCGUACAGAAAGCAAGUGGAGGUAGAUGGUCAGCAGUGUAUGCUGGAGAUUCUGGACACGGCAGGCACAGAGCAGUUCACAGCGAUGAGAGACCUGUACAUGAAGAACGGUCAGGGCUUCGCUCUGGUCUACUCCAUCACGGCUCAGUCCACCUUCAACGAUCUGCAGGACCUCCGAGAGCAGAUCCUCCGAGUCAAGGACACAGAGGACGUGCCGAUGAUCCUGGUGGGGAACAAGUGUGACCUGGAGGAGGAGCGCGUGGUGGGGAUGGAGCAGGGCCAGAACCUGGCCCGCCAGUGGAACCACUGUGCCUUUCUAGAGUCCUCGGCCAAGUCCAAGAUCAACGUGCUCGACAUCUUCUAUGACCUGGUCAGACAGAUCAAUAGGAAAACACCUGUGGAAAAGAAAAAGGCUAAAAAGAAAUCGAAUUGUGUCGUCCUCUAAGCCCCCCCCCCCCUCCGCCCCCCCCCCCUCCCCUCCCUGCCGCAGCAGCUCUGAGCCAGAAUGCUGUAAUGAAGAACUGUUGCUCUGAUUGGACCGUGCCAGCAUUCCGAUGUCCCCGCCCCCCUCCCCCAGCAGCAACCAUUAACAGUGAAAUGGAUGAUCCGAUUGGCUACCAUCAAGAUCAGCAUGUCCAGUG